AUGGAUAAAAAUACUCGUAAAUAUGGGACAUCUCGUCAGACUGCACAAAAAACUGGUCAAAAGGUUAAACCUUCAACUACUUCCAAACUCAAACCUUCUAAGCAUUCCGCCGCUCCUUCGAAUAAAAUUGAUUGUGAACCAAAUCCUCCUUCCAUUCCGUCUAACCAACAACAUACUAGUUCAUCCUCGAUCGGCGGUCAAAAUCCAUUAGUUGUUUCUGAUGACUCUAAAUUAGUAGAAAAUAAACCAAUUAUUACAUCAUAUGUUACUUCAUCACAAAGAUUGCCUCCUAAAAAAUCUAAUAAGAAAAGACCGAUGUCACGUAAUAAUUUUACAAACGUAAAACCGAGAAAUAUUAAUGAAUCUUUGGCAUUCGAUAACAUAGAACAGAUUGAUGAAGAUGAUGGGGUGGUUCUUAUAAUAACCAACAAACCAUCUACGAUUUCCAGUAAUCGUUCUUCUAUUCAGCCAAAAAAUCUUGUUAGGAGACCAACAUCUACUAACAUACCUAAACGUACAAGUAGCAUUCCUACCAAUGGUAGACCACGUGAACGAUCAAGUGCAUCCAUUAUUAUACCUUCAACCUCCAAGUCAAGCACUAAUAAUGUCAACUUUGUUCAUCAUCCAUCAGAAAAGAUUAACGAUUCGGAUGGUUCAAGGAGAGGUUCAAGAAUUACACCAAAACAAUCAAGACCAAAUUCUUCUGUUAAUAAAUCACCUGUUCGAAACGUAAAAAGUAAUAAUGCCCGAUUAUCAAAAAAUAACCCUUCUAUGUCUCCUAUUAUUACACCAAAAAUAGAUAAUGUUGGGAAUUUACUCUCUGUACCAUCUUCAACUUUAAUACAUAACAGAGAUUCAUAUCUAAAAAAGAAUCAUAUUUCUUCUAUUGUUACGCCAAAAAGACUCUCUGUACAAUCUACAAAUUUAAUACAGAAUAAGGAUUCAUAUUUAAAAAAAAGUCCUCCUAGUUCUCCUAUAUUUACACCAAAAAGGGAUAGUGUUGAAAGUUCUUCGUCAACUUUAAUACAGAACAGGGAUUCAUGUUUAAAAAUACAUCCACCAUCUCCGCUUUCAAAGGUCGCGUUUACUUACUCUGACAUAAAUCAUGAUAAGUCUAUGAGUGAGACUCUCCCACAGGAUUUGUCGAACAAGACAUCUUCUGUUAAUGAUGAUGACUUGAAAAGGCGUAAAAAAUUGUGGAAUGUUAUUAAAGAGUUGAUAGAAACUGAAAAGGCUUUCUUACAAGAUAUGAGGCUUUUGGAAGAGGUUUAUUUUAUACAAGCACGAGAUAUUCCUAUUUUCGACCAAUAUGAUUGUAAAAUCAUAUUUAGUAAUCUUCCGGAUAUAAUAAAGUUUUCGGACGAUUUUUUAGAUUUAUUACUUACUGCUAGUGGAAUUGAAGGAUCUGAUAAUGACCUUGAAAAACAUUAUAAGUUAGAAAAUGAUGAAACAUUUAUUGGACAUGUGUUUGCACAAAUGAUGAAAAAGGAACAAGGUGAUAGUAGGUUGGAAAAGGUUUAUGGUGAAUAUUGUAAACGGCACGAAGCUGCCGUUCAGAAGCUUCAAGAAUUUGAUCAUGACGAUAAUGUUCAAGGAUUUUUACAGAAAUGUAAGAGUCAAUGUAAUGGCCGAACAACAUGCUGGGAUAUCACAAGUCUCUUGAUAAAACCAGUGCAACGUGUAUUAAAAUAUCCGUUGUUACUACAUCAAAUCUUAUCACAUACGAAACCUUCUCAUCCGGACUAUGAACAAAUUCAAUUUUCUUUAUUGGAAAUUACUAAAGUUGCUGAACGUAUUAACGAAAUAAAGAAACGUAAAGAUAUAGUCGAAAAAAUUAAACGUAAUGAUAUAAAAGUCACGGAGGAUGAGCUAUACAAUGCUUAUGUAGAAAAGUUCAAAAGUUUGGAACAAAGAGGACUUCAAUUAGAAGAGGACGUAAAAUGUUGGGUUAGAAGUAUUAAAUCAUUUUUUGAAGACCAGCGGCGAUUAGCAGCUGCAAUAGAGGAAUUUCAUACACUAGGGAUAUCUACAAAUAAAAAUUUAGAUGACUUUGUAAGAAUAAUCGAAUACGGAAAAACUAUUAAAGGCCUGGAAUCUUCUUGUGGAAAAGAAAUGGAGGAAGCAAUCAAAAAAGUGUUAUUUCCUCAAAUUGAGAAAUUUUUGUCACUUUUUAAAGCUCCCGCAGCUGUUAUGAAAAAACGUGAACGAAAACUUUUGGAUCAUUGUCAUGUCAACUCAUUAAAAGCAAAAGGUGAAACACCUGAAAAAUCGCUCCAACAAUCUGAUGAUGCUUUUAUGUCUAUCUCGGAACAAUUACGUGAAGAAUUACCCACAUUUUUCGUGUUUAUGAUGGAAUAUUUUGAUAUUAUUGUGCAAGAAUUAGUUAAAAUACAGGCUCGAUUUUAUCGACAAAUGAGCAUGGACUUUCAGCAAUACUUUUGUAAGUUUGUAGAUCUACAAGCUUUAGAGCAAAUAUCCACUGAUAGAGAAUUGGUCCUGAGAGAUAUGGAUAUAGUUGGAGAAUAUACUAAUUAUUAUCAUUACAUGUUGGAAAUGGAUAAAGAAUUAAAUAACUUUGUUCUCAUCGAUACACAAAGAUCAGAUAUUAAUGAUAAUAAGAAUGAACGAAAAUCAAAAUCCUCAGAAUCGGUUAGAUCUUCAACUUCAACUUCAUCAAGAAGAUUAGAAGGUUCACUAAAUAAAGAAGAUUCUAAAGAACAUAGAAAAGGUGGUAUUUGGACUGACGAUGAUGAUGCUGAAGGAUAUUCAUGGUAUUCAAGUAAUUCGUUAGACAAUAAAAUACGAAACCUUUUUGAGUUUGAUCAAACAAUUGAAUACGAAUCUCGGCAGAAAUAUGGAGCUCAUAAAAAAUACUCCACAGAUAGUAUAAUUGAGCAUCGUUCAUCAUAUGAUAACAACACGUUUCAUGAUUCUUUGAUUGGUGAAGAAAAGGACGAAGUCAUCAUUUUUACGUAA